ACAUAUUCAGUACAAUGAUGGUGGGCUUUCACUGGAUCAUUGCUGUAUGUCUCUUCAGUCAUGCUGUGAAGGCAUUGCAUGAUGAAGUCCUGCUGGUGGAUGGAGAGACUUCUGUUGUUACAAAUGGAGACAGCAAGAAGCUGACUUCCGCUGCUUACACAGACUCCAAGCAAGAUUUCACAUGUGGAUCAGGGGCAAAAUGUAUAUUAUUGAAAAAUUGUAAGCUUGUAAGGCAACUUAUGAACAAAAAUUGCUUAGCUAAUAACAGAUUGAGAGAGAUAACUUGUGGCUACUCAGGGGAUGAACCUCUGGUCUGCUGUCCAACAUCUGCCAUCAACAGUCCUGAACCCAUAAACAAAGGGACUUGUGGGCAGCCAUUGCUGUACAACUGGUGGAAGAAUGACUACAAAGGCGUUGGAGCGAUGCCAUUUAUAGCUCGAAUUGGAUUUAGAAGUAAAACUCAAGGAACAGUUUCUUACCCUUGCUGUGGUUCUAUAAUCUCUCCAAGAGUUGUCUUGACUUCAGCUCACUGUGCCCUGGCCCAGACUGCCAAACAAUAUGUAUGGACUGUGAGAGUGGGAGAGUAUGAUACCUCAAGUGAUCCUGACUGUGGCAGAACCUUCUGUGCCCAUCCUGUACAGGACAUACUUAUCAGUCAUGUCAUCGUUCAUCCAGGCUAUGAACCCAAAACUUUCCGCCACAACAUAGCAUUGUUGGUACUCAGGCACAAUAUUAAUUUUUCAGUAAAUGCUCAGCCUGUGUGUCUAAGAAGCCACUCUGCAACAGUUGUGGGACUAAGAGCCAAAUUGGUUGGAUGGGGAAAAACACCAGGACAGACAGAAACUGUAGACUACCAACAAACAAUAGAAAUGCCAAUUUUGCCCCGCAAAAAGUGUACUGAUGUAUAUGAAGAUGUGAUUCCUGUUACCCAAGAUCAUUUAUGUGUUGGAGGAGAGAAGAAUAAAGAUGCGUGUUCUGGUUUUGGAGGAGCUCCGCUCUUAUAUUUAGACUCGACUGACCAGCCUCGCUACUACCAGAUUGGAAUCGUCUCAUUUGGGUCUGAUAAGUGUGGUGUCUCAGGAAUUCCCAGUGUCUACUCUAAUAUUGACAGAUAUAUAGAAUGGAUACGUCUUAAUUCUCCAGAUGAGUAACUCUGAUAUUUUUUCUGAAUACAGUAUAAAAAAUAUAAACGAUUAAAACACUAACUAUUUAAUAAAUGUUAUUUUCCAA